AUGGGCAACCGUGUGUCUACUGCCGCCGCCCCCUUCUCCCUCGAGGAUCUCGAGGCGUUGGCACGCGCCCCAUCGCUCUUCGACACGCUCCCCAACGAUGCCGGUAACUCCGCUGGCAGUGGCGCUAGUGUGCUGUUUCGAAAGGAGAUAAUAGCGGAGAUGGAGCGGCAGUACGCCGAGUGCGACACAUCGCUUCAUGCGCUGCGCUGCGUGCCAGACCGAAGGGGCACCCGCCAUCACCUCGGCUCCUACCAAGCAACCACUUCACCAGCGCCAAGCGGUGGUGCACCGAGGGCGACAUCCGAUCAAGUGUGGGGCAAACAGUCAGCAGGCGUGCCCAUCCCAUCUUUGGGCGACUCCAUGACGACAAACCGCAGUGGAUCAACUCACGACUUACUGCGGAGUCCGCGCGAGCUUCAUGGCUCUCGUCACAGCGACCCGAACGAGGUGGCGGACAGCGCUGAAGCAGCCACUGCUGCUGCGACAGCAGCAGAUUGCUCCUUGCCGAACGCGAGCAACGACAGCUUCCCCCAGCGCCACGUGAGCAGCUGUUUAGGGGCGCUGCCCGAAUCGGCGUCGGCUGAGACGCCACUAUCACCGCGCUCGUGGCUGUUUCGCGAGGUGUCUGUGCAGCCCGUCGAUCUCACGCGCCGUGCCGAGGUCAAGGCGGCGGAGGUAUACGUUCUCGUUAUCGUUCAGCGGUCAACAAUGCUGGGGACGCCGCCGACAAGCACGACGCCAGCAACACCGUUCGUAAGCGUUACGAACACUCGAUCAGCUACCCCGCCACCUUCCUUUCCUUCAGCUGCUGCUCCCAGCGGUGCUGCGCGAUCGGUAGCAACCAGCGCAGCGAUGAGCGCCAACACGAACACUGAGUGGCCGCGAGACAUGGUGCAGCUCUUUACCCCGCGCGGCCUCGCGACACCGUUCUCGAGUAACAUGAUGCGACCGACUCUCGCCAACAUCAGCCACGGCAGCGGCGCUGGCUACUGGUAUUCACCCUCCGCGACGCCACGGACGAACGGGUCGACAAGUGGCCGCCCGACCCCGCGCAGCACUACGGCUGCUGUUGCCGCAGCGGCACCAUCAUCCGCCCCAGGAAACGGGAGCGGCGCUGGAGGGUUUCAGCAGGCGUCCUCACGCUCCGCGUCCUCACAGGCGACGCCGCGCGCCACUAGCUUUCACUUCAGCGUCCACCUUCUCACGGGUAAGCAGGCAGACGCCAUGGCGGCGGCGGCCGGGUUGUUCACGGCCCGCGCCAUCGAAAAACUCUUUCUCGACUGCGCCGAGUUCGAUCGAAGACUGUUCUACAAUUUACACGCGGCCAAGGUGGAGGACGUGAUCCGUGCCUACAGCAUGCACCCCACCCUCGGCGUCAGCUCUGGAUGUCACGACAGCGACAGCAACGUGGAUGCUGCUGGAAGGAAUCGGCGCAGAAGCUCCAAGGCGUCGUCGAACGUGAGUGGCGGCGGCGCCGCCUCGGCGGUGAUAACGGCCAACAGAAUGGGCAGGGAUGUGAGCGACUCCAACAGCGGUUUCGGCACCUCAAACUCGUUUCUACAGCAUCCGAUCUCCACUCUUGGAGCAUCAAGGGAGCUGCGACGGGAGCUGCUUGCCAUCACACGCCCCUCCUCGGUCGCCGUGCCCGUGAUGCGCUUCGACAAGCGAAGCAGCACCGCCGCCCCCUACACCACGUUGCCGGUCAGCAGCGGUUGUCACACAGGGACAUUUGGUGGCGUCAGCGACCACGUGACCAGCACAGCGGUGUCCUCCAAUCCUGCGGAGCUGUACAGCCUGAACGCCAUCUACCGCGUCCUGAACGGGGUCCGUGUCGGCACGCCGCGGUGGAUGCACACCUGCGACGUGGCCAGCCCGCUGCACUCGGCGCGUUACUCUGUGCCCGGUAGCGCAUCCGGAGCGGCUGCAGGUGGGUCAAGUACGAGUGCAGCCCUUUUCGGAGCGGGCAACUGGUGCCCUGAUCCGCUUUCAUCGUUCCAUCCACCGCGUCGCAACACUCAUGGCGACGGCGCGGCCGCCGGCGCCACUAUUACCUCUGGCAUCAUGCCGCCGAUUCCCUCGUUGAACAUCUCCAGCUGGCUACAGGGACCCCAGCCCCUCCAUGUGCAUCGGGCUGCACCGGCUGGUACCGCAGCCACGGGGCCCGCAGGCUCAGCACACCCCACCGCAACUGGCUCAACAACCUCCCGUAUGGGCAGACCGCUUCGACACUCCUGGACAACGCACUCCGCAUCACCAAAAACGCCACCGCUGCUGCUGCCGACGCUCGCGUCAGGCACGCUGAGUGGUGAUUGCCGCGUUGACAGCGCGAUUCCGCCAGAUGCCUCGUCCGCCCCCCCAGCAACGCUGACCUCUGCAACAUCUGCAACACAAGCCCUCGUCUUCAGUCUCCCGCUCGACUCACUCCGCCCUGCGGCGCCAGCCGCCGCUGUCGCCGCCAAGGCACAUUCGACGCUCCGCAGCGCCUCUGCAGCGGAGGGCAGCACAAACGCGUCCACGUUGUCCCCUCAGGCGGCAGCGGUGCCGAAGCUGCAGCCGCUCAUCAACGCAGAGGAGAAAGAGCAGAGAGAGAAGUCGUUGCAGCACACUAGCGGCCCUGUCCGAGCGCCAGACCUGUCUUCCGUUCCGCUUAACCGAAAGGACACUGCGCAGCUGGAGAGUUGCCCUGCGGAGAGUCAUCUUCACACACGGCAUCAGCACCAUCGCAGUGACGAGGGCGGCCAAGACAGGGACAAAAUCGCCAGCUGCCACAACGUCGGCACCGAGAACGUCUCGACGAGUUGCUACAGGGUAGCAAUAGCACCGCCGUUCGGAGACGACGCUGAGUGCAAUGAAGUGUACAACCAGCAGGAACGCGCGCAGCGGCUGAAGGCGUCGCAGCCGGAGGUGACGCAGGUUUUGCCGUACCUCUUUGUCGGCGGUGAGGACGCAGCGCGGGAUCGAGCACAGCUCCUCCGCAAAGGCAUCACCCAUAUCGUGAACACCGUCAGCUGGUGCAUCGAUUGCUUCUACCCACACCUCUUCCGGUACUUGACGCUCAGCCUGAGCGACGCCGCUGAUGAGCCGAUCUUCUCCCUCUUUGCCGUCGUGAACGCCUUCAUCGAGGACGCAGUGGAGAAGCAUCAGGGGCGAGUCUUUGUGCACUGUCAGCAGGGCGUGUCACGUUCCUGCACGCUUGUUAUCGCCUACGUCAUGUGGAAGCAGGGACUGUGCUACGACCGCGCCUACGAGCUCGUGCGGGCACGCCGAAAAGUGUGUAAUCCGAACCUCGGCUUCUUCAUGAACCUGCGUCUGUGGGAGGCGCAGUUGUCCACGCCGCUGCUGAACAGCGUGUUUGCCUACGCUCCGUACACGUCGACGUCACCGAUGCCCUUCUCCUACCAGCUGACAGCGUACUUUGACUGCGCAACGUCCUCGACCGUCCCCGGCGCCGUCGCGUUCCGCUCUUCCUUGCCGCCGUCUCCACCCUCACCGUGCUCUGCUGAGGGGCGGGCGCUUGGCCUCCUCUCCCCUCGUGACAAGGAAGCACACCAGCAGCUGCGCAGCGAUGUCCUGACGCGUGCGGCUGACAUGAGCGGUGCGCCGCUGACGCUUCCCAACACGUUGUCACUAGACCCGCGCUUGGGCUACCUGUUUCUCUUCGCACCUGGUGCGCGAGCUGCAGACGAAGCCAGCAGCGCCGACGCUGGACGAUCGAAGCAGAAGGACAAGCAGCGACCACGGCUCUCUCGGGGCACCGAUGUGCUUUCCGGUGCUGACCCCGGCGGUGACGAGGACUUCGACGUCGUGACGGGAUGCGUUGUCAUGGGAUCGCAGUGUCUUAAUAAGGUCUACAGUGAACGCGCCCUCGCUGCCUGCCGGCAGGUGCUGCGCUUCAGCUUUUACCACGGCGAGGCGCGCACAAGUGUCACCAACGCCGGGAAGACCGUGCACUUCAACCCGAUGCGACAGGUGCGACUGCUGCCGGCUGUAUCGCCGGCUUCGUGGCCGCGUUCCUCUUUCCCGUUCCGUGUUCCAACUGCGGCUGUGUCGGUGGAGGUGGCGCAGCGGCUGCUGUCGCUGCACGUCGCGAGUCAGGUGCGCAUUCGUUUUGUGCGGCAGUCGCAAUGGGAUGCCUUCUUCUCAAACGUGCGACUUGGCGCCAUGCUGAGCUGCUAUACCGCCGAGGAGGGUCGGCUGGGCGCCAGCGAAGGGGUGCGGCGGCACGCACGUAAAGAAGCUACAAAGGGCGUCGGUGCGAGUAGCAGCGGAAGGGUCUCAGGCGGCCAACAGACAAGCGCGACUGGACACAUGACACUGCUGUCGAACCCUCUUCUACCCGUGAAUCCUCCUGCGUCGGCGUCCUCCUCGUUCCGCGCCGGGCGGCACACACCUCGAACGCCGCGACAGCUGCAUGUGUCGUCCUCCGGCAAUGGCGGCUCUCUCCGAGGGGGGAGCGAGGGUGAUCAGCUUGCGGGUAGUGCCGCUGCGUACUCUUCAUCGACUGGCGCCUCUGCAUCGCAGUACCGCAACUGUGCUGACAGUCUGCCAGCUGCCGCUGCCGGCCCAGUGCCGGAGCCGGCGGCAAGCCAGCCUCAACACGUAUCUCUGCCUUCCGCUGCUUCUUCAGCUACGGCGACCGUUUUCACGCCGAGCAUGGGCCCUGCUGGCGUUUCUCUUCCGCUGCGGGGCAUUUCGGACCUGUCGCUCGCUGCCGCUGCCGCUGGCAACGGCGACGAGCAGACACACGUGGCCGUGCGCAUGGCGGAAGGGGAGAGUUUUGCCUACGCCUACCCGUUUACGGCGGGGACGAAAGUGGCUGUUGCGGACCUCGAAGACCUCGAAGAAGACCGCUGCUACGCGCUUGGCUUCCAGCAGCGCAUCGGCACCACCGUUUAUCUGUGGCACGGUGCCGACGCAGUGGAGAGCUCGGCCGACGUUGUGGGCGCGUUUGUGCGGCACUUGCUAAGCUCCAGCGAGCCGGCAGUGCAGACCGCGACAGUCGAGUCACUGGAGGCUGGUGAGUGGACUAACUGCAGCAUCAUCUUCCCUGGCGACAGCGCCGACGCUGCAGGUGUGGCGGAGAGGGCUGACGCGGCAACAGAGGUGCUUGCGGAUGUGCGUGUGUUGUACGUUGAGCAAGGAGACGAGCCGAAAGAGUUCUUCACUCUCCUGUGA